GGGGCCGGCCGCCGGGGCAGGGUCCGGGGGCGCAGCGCGGCGGGUGUAGGUCUAUGUCGCGGGCGGCGGCGGCGGCGGCGGCCGCGGAGGGACGAUGCGCGAGUACAAAGUGGUGGUGCUGGGCUCGGGCGGGGUAGGCAAAUCGGCCCUGACCGUGCAGUUCGUGACCGGCACCUUCAUCGAGAAAUACGACCCCACCAUCGAGGACUUCUACCGCAAGGAGAUCGAGGUGGACUCGUCGCCGUCCGUGCUGGAGAUCCUGGACACGGCGGGCACCGAGCAGUUCGCGUCCAUGCGGGACCUGUACAUCAAGAACGGCCAGGGCUUCAUCCUGGUCUACAGCCUCGUCAACCAGCAGAGCUUCCAGGACAUCAAGCCCAUGCGCGACCAGAUCAUCCGAGUGAAGCGGUAUGAGAAAGUGCCAGUCAUCUUGGUUGGGAACAAAGUGGACCUGGAAAGUGAGAGAGAAGUGUCAUCCAACGAAGGCAGAGCCCUUGCCGAAGAGUGGGGCUGCCCCUUUAUGGAGACUUCUGCAAAGAGUAAAACAAUGGUGGACGAGCUCUUUGCAGAAAUUGUGAGGCAGAUGAACUAUGCUGCUCAGCCUGACAAAGAUGAUCCAUGCUGUUCUGCCUGUAACAUCCAAUAGCAUCCGAAUACGGCUGUCCUGGACAGGAUUUGCCCAAUAUUGUAGGCGAUAGAAAUCUGGUCUACUCUACUGUGGAGUUUGCAGGACACAUGGUGUGAAUCUACAGUGAACUGCAGCCCUUACUCAGAAUUAAGCAGUGAUUGUCAGUUGAUAUCUCUGAGUAACAUUUGGGUUCAGUAACUACAGUUUUCACCCUUGUCCUCAAUCUCCUUUAUGCAUCUGCAACUUUAAGGCAUAGCCCAUCUAUCUACAGGGUGAUCUCAUUUGAAAGCUAUGAUGGCAUUGUCGCUGAGUUGACAGAAGCAGCUAUUAUAUCAGUUAAUAAUAAUCAUGGAGAAACAAGAAGAAUUCCUAUGACCACUUAACAAUUAAAUAUUUUGUCGUCUUAAAAAAGAAAUAAGUAAAGGAGAAAUAUUUUCCUAUAAGAGUACUGAAUUUCAGGAAUUGGUAUAGAGCUUCUAACCAAUGUUUUCUGUCAAGUAAGAUAACAGCUGACCUGCCAACAGCAUUACAGGGAGAGAUUCUUUGCUCAGCUGACACAUUUCUGUUUUUCAAAACUGAUGCUUAAUUGUAGAUGUUAUUCUAAUUUGUGAUAUGGAACUAACUCAUGCAUCCAUCCUUGGUAGAGCAAAAGUUAGGAGAGGUUGUAUAAAAAUACAAUCUGGCUUUAGAAUUUGUUAAAUCACCUGCUUUGCCACUGAAAAUGGAGGCUCUCACAAAGGUUUGAUCAGAAUUAAAACCCCAAACCCACCCUGUUAACCAAGCAGGGAUGGUCCUUAUUACUUUACUGAACAAGAAGGAAGCAACUGUGAUGGAAAAAGAUUGUUUAGCCUUACUAACAAAGAAGCACUUGGUUAGAUUAACCAGUACCAUCACGUAAGGAAAAUGAAGCCAUGUUGCAUCCACAUGUCACCGUUUGCAGACACCUCACAGGACAGUACCAACAUCUGGCAUUUUUUUAAAGCAGCCAAUUCUUUCUCGCCUUUAAGGGCUAGGGUUAUGGUGUGACCCUUGGCUAACCUGCUUUCAAAAUCAAGUUGGCUGUAGCAGAGCUUUAUUGCAGGCAUUUAAAAAAUCGAAUAACCAUGUGAAAUAAUUGGGCUUAAAAGUAGAACAUAAAUUAUAGAGUAGAAGGUAAAGGACAAAAAGCCUUUUAUCUUUAAUUUUCCUUGAGAAUUAUAUAAAGGUUUUCUUAAAACAGUUUUGCCCUGAUUACUGAAGUGGCAAAUAAAGCUAGAGUGAAUAUUUUGUUUUGAAAAGGUGCUCAAGCUCUGACAGUUUUGGUUUUCAUAGCCGUGAAGUAUUUAUCAUUUGCAUGACUAAUGGCACAGGAAAAACCUAUUCAUAAGUUUUACAAUCAAGUGUAGAAGGCUUUUCAGCUAACUUCAGAGUUACAAAUGCUGAAGAGAUUAUCUUGAGCUGGGCCUCUGGAGAUAAAUGUGGCUUUCAGAACUGCAAUAUCACUGAGCCUGCAAUCUACAUACUGCCCCACGUUUUAUUGGUUUCACAGUCUCGUGCAAGUAACCUCUGGUCUUACGUGUGUAACUGAGAGAAGAGUGUAUGUGUGUGUGUGCAUGUGUGUUUAUUCUUAAGAAUUUGGCACAAGUCGGAAAUAAUUGCCUAUACUGAGAAUCUAUACUGCAGAAUAUAGCAUAUCAAAAACAUUUUUUUCUUUUAAAUUAUUUAAGUGUCUUUUAUACAUCAUUGAAAUCAUUGGUAGCCCCCCAAAUGUAUAGUAACUGGUAUUAAGCUUAUAGGAUAGAAAAAAGGUUGGUAAUAUUUUUCAUAGAUGAGAAAAGUGAAAAGAUCCGUGGGUAAAACCAGGCCAUGGUUGUCAGAAAUCUUUGAAUUGUGAAUAUUUACAUUCUUCAGUAUAAUUUUUUUUAUAACCCUCAAUUAUGAAGCACCUUGUUUUAUGGUACAGAAAGUUUUAACCAAUGUUAUUGAAAUAAAUUUCACUGUGUAAAAGUUGAUUUGACUCAAACAUGUAGAGAAAUCAAAACUUUAAGUAUGAUUUACCUACUGGAGUAGAAAUAUUUGUUAGUGAAUUGGUUGCAUUUUGAAGCCUCUAACUUCUCAGAAUGAUUCUGUUGUUUAGAAUUCCAUAAUUAAUAGCAACUUGUGACAACUAUGAUUACGUAUUAGAAGAAACACAGUUUUACAUUAUGGAUUGCUAUGCAGAUGUGAAAAAUAAGUUAAAUGAUGUGAAAGAUGUGGCAAGAUGUAAGGUGGAAAAGAUUAUCUAAAACUUUGGGUUUUGAUUAGAAAUGUUUGUGUCAGACAGUAAGGUGAGCUUUUACUGUAAAGACGUUAGUAAUAACUGAUUUGGCUACCUGAUCAGUGUUUCCACACAACUGUACAUACACAGUGACAAGGCAUCAGAGACAUCCCAAAUCUGGAAGUCCUCCUGUGCUCUUAACUAUUGGUGUUCAUCUGGUUGGAAUAUAACUCAGCUUGAAUGAAUGUGUUUGUUGAGAUGGUAAUAAAAAGUAUAAGAACAGGAAGAUUACAUUUGUUGGCACAUGAAAUAGUAGUGAGUACAGAGGAAAGUUGGUGACCUUGGGUCACGAUUUAUUUUAAGCCCUGAUCAGGCUAGCAGCUAGAUAGUGAACGUUUUUCUAACAUGCCUUAAAAAUAUUAUGGUUUGAUCCAAAGACCCACUUUUUCUUUAGCUAUUGUGAUAAGAUUCUCUUUUGUUUUGUUUUUUACUUUUAUACAAAGGCAGCGUUUUUUUUUUCUUUUAAUGUUGCAACUUCUUGUUUCUUUUAAGCUGUGAUAGUGAUGGUUAACUGAUGCCUUUUAUUUUGUUCAACUUACAUAAAAACAAGCCAGCAUCUGAUCAAAAGUAUUACAUGAAAUCUUUUGUUAAACUAUUGAAAGGUGCUUUGAUGAUUUUCUGCUUUGGUUUGUAGAACUAGGACUGAGUUUGAGUCUAAUUGCUACAGUUGCCAUCACUUUUCUGUGGUAAAACUACUGAUGUUUGCUUUUCUAUAUAAAGAAAUGUUGCCUAAGGAUGUCUGGUGUUUGUUUUCAAGGGUUUUCCACUGUGACCGUUGUCAGUGUGUGUAUAAAUAUGCAAAUGCUUUGUUUGUUGCUGUUGGGUUUUUUUGUUUGUUUUGUUUUUUAGUUUUUCCUUUGUUUUUAUCACUAGUCUUGUAUUAGCGGGUAAGCUUUAAUUGUCUCCUUAGCCAAUCAAAUGUUAAAGACUAUGGGGGGGCCUUUUUUUUUUUUUAAUGUGUCAUUGUGCAUCUAUUAAAUCGUGAUCAGGGUUUCAAGAAUGACUACAGUGGGUUUUGGAAACAGACUUAUCAUUAUUGAUUUGGGGUUUCCCAGAGAUAUAUUUCACGGUUAAUUGUUGAGCUCUAAUACAACUGACCAUUUAAAAUUCAACAACAGUUUAUUGUUUUGUAACAAUGUCAGUUGUUAAACCUUGACAUUUCAAUUAAAACAUGAAUUGUAGUUAUAACUCAAUGCAAAUCCAACAGUUGUAUUUGGAGUUAAAUUAUUUUAACAAAUAAAUUUAUUUAAUGAAA